UUCUGAGAGAGAAAGAGAGUCUAAAGAAAUUAAUGGCUACCAAAGAGAAUAAGCUGAAGAAAGGUUUCUUGAGCACUUUCUACUGGUCCAAUACUAAAAGUCACAAGCCAAAAUCCGAACCAGCUGCAGUAGUAAAUAUCAAGCCUGUUUCACAGAGUUCGUUGUUAAAGAAAUUGGAAAAUUGUCAAACUAUAGAGCAGGCUGGCCCGAGAAAAAUAGAAAAAGAAGGAAUUGGGGGUGGAGGAGGAGGAGGAGGAGAAGCAAAGCUUGUUGAAGGAAGGAAGUCUGUGUCUCACGUCGAAACAAACUUGUCAUCAGUGAUUGCAUUUCUUCAGGUGAAGGUUUUGGUUUCUGACAUGCCUGGAUUCAUGCAAGUGCAUGCCUUCCGCUGUGCCAGGAGAACUUAUGAUAGCUUGGAGAAGUUUAGCUCAAAACACAUGGCUUAUAACAUGAAGAAGGAGUUUGAUAAAGUAUAUGGACCGGCCUGGCAUUGCAUUGUGGGCUCAAAUUUCGGCUCAUUUGUGACACACUCCACAGGUUGCUUUCUUUAUUUUUCAAUGGAGAAACUAUACAUUUUAGUAUUUAAAACCAAAGUUCAGAGGGUUGCAAAUUGAGUUAAAUAGAAAUUCAAGGUUAUUUAAUCAAAUAUAUAAUACCUCCUUUUCUCAAGUUCUCAAUUAUUUUCCCAUGAUGGUAAUUUGUUCUUCUUAAUGUUUUCAUUUUUGUGUGCAUGAAGUUUGUAAAUGACAAAACAGUGUGACAAAAGUGUUAGAUUUAUAUGAGCUCUUGCAUGCAUUAUUUAUUGAGUUUAAAUCAGAA